UGAUACACCUCCUGAUAGGACAACAAUGAAAAUGAGUGACCUGAUAUUCUGGAACCCAAGUAGGAAUCCCAUGAAGAAAAAAGAACCAAGAUCUAAACCUUCAGCAAUAACCAGUAAUGUAGAAACACCAAAUUCUGAUGUUGUUGAUGGAGAAUCAUCCAAUCAGAGUGCUUCUUUGCCAGUCCCACAAGUAAAAAUUGGACCAGAUGGCAAUAUCAUCCUCAACACAGACAGCCUGAUUGUAAACAACCCAGCUACAGAACCCUCAAUGUCAAGUGGGGAUCUGGUAGAAGAAGAAGAUGACCAGUUUAUUAACUGCAGCAGUUUUCGAGACUAUAAAAGGCCGAAACUUUGGUCAAAAAAUGAAACCCAGCGGUUCUUCAAAGCUCUCAGCAUGGUGGGGACAGACUUUUCUCUCAUGUGCAGCAUAUUUCCAAGCAGAUCUCGCAAAGAACUGAAGAACAAAUUUAAAAAAGAAGAAAGACACAAUAGGCCUCUUAUUGACAAGGCUUUGCGUGAAAGACAGAGCUUUAACAUGCAGACCUUUGAGUCUGCAAAGGCAGAAGAUGAAGAGGAGAACAGAAGAUGUGAGGCUGCAAAAGAAGAAAAGCAAAAGAAACGAAUAAAGAAGGAAAAAGAGCUAGAUGAGGGGGAAGACGAAGAAAGAGAAUCAGAGAUGGAUGAAGAAGAUGGAGAUGGGAGGAAGGAAAACAAGAAGCACAGUGGCAUCAAACGGACAGCUUCUGUUGGGGGUGAAGAAGGCUUUUCAGGGUAUGAGCGAAAACGCCGCCGUGUGCAGCCAUCCUCAGGACAUGCCCAUGAAGUUGCGGAUAUUCUGGUUAACAUGAGUCAAGGCAAAACCACUCAUUCAAAUGAGGAUGACAGAAUGAGCAUUAGUUCAGACCGGGAUUCAGCUGUAGAACUUGUAGAAGAGGCAUUUGUGCCAAAAAUUGCUCGUUGUAGCUCAAAAAGUAAUUCUGCUCAUACCUCUUUGUCAGGUGCCAACAUCAUUGUGGAUGCUCAUGUACAUGUGCCAGAGAUGGUUACAAAUAUUUACACAGAUUCUCUUUAUCCUCUGGAUCAUUCAGAAAGCACGUCUCAGACGCAGAUUUCAGCUGAACUAUUAGAGCAGCAGCCAAAUUCAGUUCGUACCACAACUCAAGAACAGACAGCACCAACUCCAUCACAAAACUCAGACCAGCAGUCUAUGUCUGUAGGAGACUUGUACAACAUGGGGUUGCCACCAGAAGUUAUUCAGAUGAUGGAGAGGCAGCAGGCGGACCUGAUCAUGAUGGAGAAUCAGGCCACUGGGGAGGUGGUGAUGUACAUGGUUUCAAGGCAGACAGCUGACAUUGCUCUCCCUGGGGCUCAGUCACUCCAGGCAGCAGGACUAGACCCCAGUCACAACAUCAUGAGAGAAACAUUACAACAGUCUUUGAUGACAGGACAAAGUCAAGUCCAUGGGCAGGGUAUGGAAGCUUUACCAGGAAUUGUGACACAAGUGGCUAAUAACUGUGCUCUUCACAAAACAAGUGCUGGGGCUGCAGCAGCAUUCCAGAGUGAAAGCACAAUAUCUCCAGUUGUUGAUCAGAUUAAUUUGGAUGGCAGCAAAAAUCCAGUCAUGGAAAAUAAACUUCAUGUGGGCAUAGCAGGUGCAAAAGUACAGGCAGAAGAAGGAGUUGAUUCCAAACUGAAACUAGGGCUAUGCUUAGCUUUGGAUAAGGAACAAACAAAUGCAGGCUGUGUAAGUACAGUGAAUGAAUGCAAGUGUGACAGUUCACUUGGAGGCUUUGCAAGGGAGGCAAAAACAGACAUUCAUCAGCAUGACAAAACACACCUUAUUGUGUCCACAUCUCACCUGUCUAGUCGUGACAGUAAAUUGUGUGGCAGUGAUCUUCCCUCCACAGACAGUCCGUUAGAGAUUAAAAAGAGUGAGCCAACUGUGAAGAUGCGUGUAGCUGUUGAUGUCCAGUCAGACAAUUAUGUGUUCGUGGAUAAAGAGGAAAGGACAGUGGAGGUGUGCAGGACACGAAAGGAGGAUGUUCCAGAAAAUCAUGCCAGAGAGAAAACAGCUCUUUGGCAGAGGACGUGUACAGAAUUUUCCCAGGAAGAGAUUACAUGAUUAAACCUAUUACCUUUUCCUGUAUGGGGACAAGACAAACUCCUGUCUGAAUUUGGGAGUGGUAUUUAUAGCAGGGAUCUGAUGCAAGUAAUGAAAGUUCUUUCUCAUUAUUGUUCUUUAAUUGCGUUACUUUAAUGCCUCUGAGCAUUUACUUUUAUUUUUCAUGAUUUCAAAAUUAAAGAACACAUAAUACUUUGUUGAAAACUAAGGAAAUGUCUUAAUUGUUUCUGUCAACUGAGUUCCUAAUCUCAGUAGAUUUGUAAUAUUAAUAAUGAAUUAAAUGAAAGAUUUUUAUAGUGCAUGCUCUUAGCGCUUAAAACAAGAAUGAGACAUGGACAGCAUACGAGAGAUGGAAGAAUGAACAAGAGUACUGAUGACGAGUAUAAGACAAAUAUAGAAAGUACAAAGAGGAAACAAGAACAGAAUAUUGUGAUUCUGCAGAGGAAGAUAAGUAGAAAAGUAUCAUCGUUUAGUUUAGAGCCUGAAGUUUGUUACAAUCUUUCUCGACACUGCCAUAAAUUUAUUUCAUGCAGUUCGGGUUGUCUGUCCCCACCAUAGCAUUGCGUUCUUGCAUACCACAUCCUUGAUUCAGCAAAGGUGUUUGCUUUUAUCAAACUGGCAACAUUUGCCACCAUUUCCACAUACACAGUUACAGUACAAUGGCUUCUAUCUGGUAACAUGUUCGUAACAUGCUUACUUUUGCUUCUUGCUGUGAUAGUAUUACACUUAAAGAGAUAAAAAUGAUUCUUUUAAUCUAUAAGUGUUAAAUUAACUUUUGUUCAUCAUAUAUUUUACCCACAGGUACACCGAAAGCAACUGGUCUCUUGUGAACUAACAUUAAAAGGGGGACAAAAACAAAUCAUGCUUUAACCUUAUAAUUUUUUGUUGGUUCUUUUUUUUCACAUACUGUAGUGUCUGUGACAAGGGCACAUAAUCUCCUUCACCUUCUUUUUGCUUUUGGUGGGCUUCUGUUUUGUUUUUUAAUUCUAAAAUUAAUUGAUGUGACCUUUGGUGAGUGCCCACAGAUGCAACAGCAGUCGGUGACACUAAACAACCUUAGUACUUCUCUUUCACCUUUGAUUUUUUGGUCCAGAAUUCAUUUCAAGGAGACUGACUUGAAAUUGGCUUAGACAGCUGAAUAAAUUAGGGUUUUCUGUGAAAAAAAAAAUUGAACAAAAUAAUCCAUACUGGCUUUUGGUUUCAGUUCAAAGCAGAUAACUAGUGGCCACAGUCCUCGGUGACUGGAUUAAAUUAUGGAAUAUUUUGUUGUGUACACCCUCUGUGUACUAUUGUUACAGUAAAUCUGUUUAUAUGUUUAUUAGUAGGUCCCACCCCCCCACACACACACUUGAGUUGAGAAAGGUCAGGCUAUCAAUUUGCAUAUAUCAAGUACCUACUUUUUGUGAAAAAGUUAAAAAUUAUACAUUUUAAACACUUCACUUCUAUGGCUGGUCAUAUUACAACAAAGUAUUGCAUACAACUGUUUCUGCUUUCUUAUUUAAUUUGUGAAAAUGUACACCAGAAAUAAGAACUUGUCACAAUGUUCAAGUGGUGCUAUAUUAUGAACAAAGUCUUUGCAAUUUUCAUAUUAAUAAUUGUACUCAGUUUAUGACAUAGAAAACUGGAGCUCCAUAUGUGUUCUGUUAUUCUCUCAGGUCACAAGUCUUCAAAAUCCUAGUAAAAUACUCCUGAAAAAGUUAACUAUUGUAAAAAUCUGGACUAGAAAUGAUUUUCUUAAAGGAUGGGUUUUGUGCCAGACAGCAAAAAUAAAAUGUUGGCAAAAGCA